AUGUCGGAAGCAGACGCGCAGACGGACUCUACGCCCACGUUGAAUGUUAGAGACUUGCUAGGCUUACAUCCUUUGUCUCCCAAACUCACAGAUUUCCUCAACGCGCUUUUUGCCCGUCAGAAUAAACCAGAGUUGGUACCGGAGAUCAAGUCCUACCCUGACGCGGUGUACUUCAAUUACUAUUCUCUGGGUCUUAGCCUUUGCUUCUCCCCAGUGGAUGGAUAUAAGCCCAAGAUGGGCUUGAGUCUACAAGAUCUGCAGCAGGAACGUCUGGUCUUGGACAGCAUAGACCUUUAUAACGUCCCCAAACCAUCUGGCGCUAACGCGGGGGAGAGCAAGUCUCGUAACAAGACCACCACCCCAUCUUACUCGACCUAUCCUCGCCUGCCUUUGAUUCUGAAGAUCGCUCCUACCACCUCGGAUGGCAAGUCGCGGUCAUCCCACUUGGAGAUAAAACUGGACACUACAGGGAAACAGUUCGUCGAGUGCUUAGGCGAGCCAGAUCGGAAGGGCGGUGGUGGAGGACCUUCAGCGGGAUCCAUUGGCAUCUGGUGUGAAUGGUCCAAGGACGGUAUCAUGGUUGAAUUCGGGGGCGAUGAAGCCAGGGGACCGAAGGCUUGGGAAACUGGGAAGGACGCUGCCUGGAAAGUUAUCACGCUGUUCCCGCCGAAGUCAUGACCAGCAUGCUGCAGAGAUGGCUGACCGCCAUGUGAUAUCUCUCCUCGCUGGGCCGUCCCUGUUUUCGUGAAGUCGUUGCACCACCUACUUUGUGCUCGUGAUUUCAUGUUGAGAUUCAUGGAUGCACUUACCAAGGCAUUUACAAUCACCUUAGCUGCCUGCCAGCGACCGUGACGCAGUUGUCUUGAUGCGGGCACAUCACGUAUUUAGGAGGUGGAUAAGUAGCUGUUCGUGCAAGUGUAGUCUGUCUGUACAUCUCGGUGGAAC